GGACAUGACGUCAUGCCGGCCGCCAUGACGGAGCCGCUCGGCGCAGAUCGUGCCCGUGACAUCUCCGAAUAAAGGGCGAUUUUCUGCACAAAACGGACCCACACCCGGACUAAAGUCGAUGCACCGCCGAAUCCAUAUAUUGGCUCUGCAGAAUGUCCAAGAUCAGGAGGAAGGUGACAGUGGAGAAUUCUAAGACGAUUUCGGACUCGAGCGCCGCGCCCCUCCCCCCUACGUCCCGCCGCCCCAGUGUCUUUGAGAGGCUCGGACCCAGCACCGCGGCCACUGCUCCAGAGAGUCAGUGCAGAAAUUGGCUGAAAAGUGGAAACUGCAGCUACGGAACCACUUGUCGUUACACACAUGGCCCUCAGCCACGAGGCAAAUUCAGCUUCAGCCUGUCAGCAGAGAGGCCCACUGGAGAUCUGCGUGAGAGGAUGAAAAAUAAGAGACAGGAUGUGGAUUCAGACAAUUUAAAACGUGACGCAGACGAACCACAAACCACCACUACUAGACGAGACUCGUCAAGAGGCAGACACAGGGAGAAAGAGGACAUUAAAAUCACUAAAGAGAGAACUCCAGCCAGCGAAGAGGAAGCACCAGAGUGGGAGGCCACCAGAGAAGACUCAGAUAUCGGAGACUACGACUACGAGCUGUCUCUGGAGAUGAAGAGGCAGAAGAUCCAGAGGGAGCUGAUGAAGCUGGAGCAGGAAAACCAGGACAAACGAGAAGAAAUCACCAUCAAGAAAGAUGAGACGCUGAAGAACAGAGGCCCAGCAGUCACUAAGCAGACGUCCCCAGAGCCGAUGAGCUCCAAAGACUCACCCUCCAGGAAGUCCAGCGGCUCCCCUAAACACAAAGGGGGCACUAAAAACACUGGCUCCGGCAAGAAGGAGAAGAAGACAGCCUGUCCCUCUCCCGUCGCAGAGAGAUCUUCUAAAGGGGCUCACAGUAAAAAGAAAGGCCCACGCACGCCAAGCCCUCCUCCUCCUGUGCCUCUGGAGCUUCCUGUCAGUGGAAAAAAACACAAAACCAAACACAAGAAUAAAGAGAAGUCUGAGGAAAAAAUGAAAGAGAAAGAAAGAGAUGGGGAGAAGCAUAAAGAUAAGAAGGACAAGCGCAGGGACCGCUCAGAUAGUUCUCAUAAGGCCAAGCGUGUGGUGACAUCAGAGGAGCGAUCAGCAAGUGCCUCUCCUCCUCCGACUCGAAAGAAGUCAAACUCCCCCAAGACCGCAGCAGCUAAAGGCGCCGUCCAAAACUCACCUCCACGCAGAUCCGUGUCUCCUCUUCGCCAUCACUCCCCCUCCUCUCGCUCCGGCUCCUCUGCUCAGUGUCGCUCCUCCUCUCCCCGAUGUCGACGCUCCUCCUCCCCCCUCCAGGACUCCUCUCCUCCUCCUCCACCUCGGCGCUCUGAACGUGGAAGCCCAGGAAGGAGGCACUCACGGGGGAGAGACAGGGACAGGAGCGGAGACAGAAGCCGAGACCGGAGCAGGGACAGAAGCCGAGACCGGAGCAGGGACAGAAGCCGAGACCGGAGCAGGGACAGAAGCCAAGACAGGAGUAGGGACAGGAGUAGGGACAGAAGCCGAGACAGGAGUAGGGACAGAAGCCGGGAUAGAAGCCGGGAUAGAAGCCGGGACAGAAGCAGGGACAGAAGCAGGGACAGAAGCAGGGACAGAAGCAGGGACAGAAGCAGGGACAGGAGCAUAGAUCGGAGCAUAGAUCGGAGCAGAGAUCGGAGCAGAGAUCGGAGCAGAGAUCGGAGCAGAGAUCGGAGCAGAGAUCGGAGCAGAGAUCGGAGCAGAGAUCGGAGCAGAGAUCGGAGCAGAGAUCGGAGCAGAGAUCGGAGCAGAGAUCGGAGCAGAGAUCGGAGCAGAGAUCGGAGCAGAGAUCGGAGCAGAGAUCGGAGCAUAGAUCGGAGCAGAGAUCGGAGCAGAGACAGGAGCCGAGACAGGAGCCGGGACAGGAGUAGAGAUAGGAGCAGAGAUAGGAGCAGGGAUAGGAGCCGAGACAGAAGCCGAGACAGAAGCCGAGACAGGAGCAGAGGGGAGAGAGAACGCAGAGACGAAAGUCGGUCCAAACGAGACAAAGAUGGCGGCCGUGAUGAUCGUCACUACGACUCCGAAGGAAGAGAGCGGCGGGAGUCGAACCGCGAACCUCGUGAUAACAGGGAGACAAGGGAGAGCCAGAGGGAUGGAGUUGUGGAGCGGAGAGAGAAGGAGAGAGAGAGGGAGAGGAAGGAGGAGGCGGAGGAGAGAAGCUACACACGAGGACACAGAGGAGAGGAGAGAGACCGAGGAGAGAGAAGCGGACGCAUCAGAGCCAGGAAUGAACCACAAGAAAAAGGUUCCAACAGAAACUCCCGAAGUUCUCAGCUGGAGAGCCACGAGAGCUGGGACUCACGGAGCAGCGGGACAUUGGAUCGGGGACCAGACCGGAACUUGGACCGGGGUCCAGAAAGAGGAUCUGAGAGAGACCGGUACGACUCAGACCGCAGGGACCAGAGAGACCAGGGAAGGGACUCCUCCUAUGACCGACGAGGAGGGCACCAAGAGCGGGACAGAAGGGACAGAGACCAAAGAUCUCCUCCAAACCGUCACCAAAGCCGAUCUGAUGACUGUGAACGUGAGAGAGAGGAGAGAAGAGGAGAGAGGGAUGACCGAAGAGAAAGAGAGAGAGAGAGGGAGCAGAGGGAGAGAGAGAAGGAGCGUGAGGCUGAACGAGAGCGAGCGAGGGAGAGAGAGAGGGAGCAGAGGGAGCGAGAGAGGGAGCAGAGAGAGAGGGAGAGGGAGAGGGAACAGCGUGAGAGGGAGAGGGAAGAGAGGGAAAGAGAGAGGGAGAGAAAGGAGAGAGAGGAGAGGAGAGAGAGGGAGCAGCGGCAGAGGGAGUGGGAUGAUCGAGAGCGGAGGAGAGGGGAGGAGAGAGAGGAGAGAGGGGUGCGUGACGACCGUAAAACCAGCAGAAAAAGGCACCGUGCUGAUGGGAGCCAGAGCCCCCGUGCUUCACCAAAACGUUCUGCACGCGAUGCCCGAGAUGCCAGUCCCAACGACAGUGACGAGGACAAAAGUGAGCGUCUGAUUGGUCGAGGGAAGACCAAGCCCCUCCCACCCAGCCCCCAGUGCCUGCCUCCAUCUGACAGUGAUAAACAUCGAUUGUUGAGCCAGGUCGUUCGACCCCAGGACCCUCCUCUUCGCUCCCCCGCUAGAACUGCCCCAUUUGAGGAGGAGCGGAGAGGAGUCGCAGAAAAACGAACUGAUGCCCGGAUUCGCCAUGAAGAACCAGAAAAUCGUCCCCGAACUGGAGAACGCAGAGGGGAGCACGUGGCCGAAACUGUCCAGGACGCACGCAACAGAGUUCGGGAGCAACGCCAAUCCCCAACACCAAACUUGGACGAUUCUGGAUCACAUGACGAAACCAAAAAGAAAGGAAAAUCACAAAAGAAAGCAUUGAAAAAGGUCAGGAAAGAGGAGGAGAUGAGUGUGAAACCGGCAGUGAACGUGAAUGCAGAUUCGUCAAAUUCUGACCAACAUUCUCCUCGGAAAGGAGCAAAAAAGAAGACUCUAGAUCGGAAGCGGAAGAGAGGAGGAGAGUCGGAUGUUUCAGAAGACGAAAUGGUGAAUAAACGAAAAAGAGGACCCCGGACUCCGCCCAAAAACGUGUCACCGCUGCAGAAGAUUGACCACUUCAGUGAUUGGUCAGACGAGGAGGUGACAGAGAGCAUGUCGGAGCGGCGUGUGGGAAGUGCCAGGCCCGGGAGAGAGAGGGAAAGGGGGAUCAACCCUCCUCCUCUGCUGUCACAAGAGGCAGCCAUUUUGAUACCAAGUUUAACCCCGCAACCGCUGAUGUCACAGCCACUGCUACGCAAACCGCCAGGAGACAUGCAGCCAGGGAGGAGCGGGACCAUGGGGGGAGUCCAGGCAAGAGUGGCCGGGAGGAGGCCACGAUCCCCCUCAAACGAGACCCGAGAGGACCCCCAGAGAACCAGGAGAGGAAGGGUGGUACCACAACAGAUCCCCCCCAGAGACAGGGACAGAGAGCGCGAGAGGCUGGGCGAAGGAGCCGGAGGAGCUGAGAGGAAAUCCAGAAUCGAUCAACUUAGGAGAGGAGAGCCAAGCAGAAGCACCUCAUCAGACCGCCAGGAUUCCCGCAGCCACAGCUCCCGACGCAGCUCUCCUGACUCGGAACGCCAGGCCCGAUCCAGAUCCAGAGCCGGGUCUUAUGACAGCCGGGACCGAGAACCAAGACCCCAAAACCAACCCGCUCAUCCCCCUCACCUCCUGCAGAAUCCCCCUGCUCCACAACAGGGGAGAGACUGGGAACCAGAGCCCAGAGAGUGGGGCUCUGGGCGGGUGAGAGAGCCGUUGCUGCACAGGCCUAACCGGGAGAGGGAGAGAGAGAUACCCCACAGAGGAGGAGAGAGAGGGGACAGGGCCGAUAGGAGUGACAGGGGAGAGGGAGUAAGGCAGGAGAGAGGGGAGAGAGAGAGGGCAGACAGAGGAGAGUUUGAACCACUCUUGCCCAGAGAAGCCUUCAGUCCCCAACCAGAAAAGCCCAACCACCAACCGGAGUUGAGGGACGCUGGGAAGGCAGAAAGCAUGGAUGCAGAGGAGGAGGGUAAAGAGGAGGACGCUCAGUCUGUGGCUUCUGCUGGAGAAGUUUAUGAACCGAUCAGCGAUGAUGAACUGGAUGAGAUCCUCAAUGACAGCCAGAAAAAAGAGGAGCAGACGGAGGAGGAAAGAAGCUCAGGUCCGGUGGAUGUCAUCGAUGUGGACUGGUCGUCUCUGAUGCCCAAACAGAAGUCUGAGCCCCGGGCAGCAGGGGCGGCUCUGCUCCGCUUCACCCCAGGGGCAGUGCUUCUCAGGGCAGGUAUCUCCAAACGCCUCGCUGGGCCCGAGCUCCUGGAGCAGGUCAGAGAGGUGUGCAAACGUGAGCUUGACGAUCCCAAAGAUGCAGAGAAGCUAUUUGAGCACGACUUGGGCGCGCUUAACAUGGCUGCCCACAGUCGCAGAGUGGAGAGGGCAGGGCUUCUGAGGAACCUGGGCCCAUGCUGUAAGGCUUUGUGUGCGAGGAGAGACUUCACUAUAAGGAGACAGCUGCUCAAGAAUGACAAGGGUCUAACGAAGCAGUAUCUGACCACUCCGGUUGUAGAUAAUGAACUCUUUCAGAUGAGUGUGCGUCUGUUUAAGAGGGCCGUGUCUGGACAAGGAUCUGGGCCAGGUUCUGGACCAGAAAGACCCCAGGACCCAGGACUUGGACCAGAGACCGGAACUAAACUGGAGUCUGGUCCAGCUGAAGUCUGCGUGACCUAAAGAGAGAGAGAGAGGGAGAGGGAGAGAGAGAGAACACAUUUUGGACUUUGAUGAACUCUGAGAUGAGGUUUAAACAUGUUUUACUGUCGAUGCAGCAAGUUAACCCUAAACUAGGACUGUUUAAGAUAUUAUGUUGAAUUUUAAAUGACUAAACAAUUUCAGGAUCGUUUUUUAUUAGUUUCCUUAUUAAACUUUAACCUCAAUACAUUUCACGCUUUACAAUUGUACAUUUUAACACAGACAAUUCUACCAAGUGCUCAUUAAGAACAAUGCCCUUCAUUAAAGGCUUUAAAACAUGGUAUAAAACCACUAAAAUAAGAUUAAAAUUAAAGUGCCAUAAAGGGCCUAUGCUAUUUUUUGAUCUUUUCUAAUGUUGUUUCCUCAUCAAAAACAGUCCUGGAGUUGUUGUUUUUUUUCAUUUGCACAUAUUUAACAGAAACUCUUCAUAUGUAGGCUGUGUUCUUCUCUGCACCUGGAAUGAAAAAAAAAUCCAUACUGUGGAACAUUCCAAGCAAAGCAACAUCUCCAUGGAAAGCAGCAGGAGGCGAACCCCAGAAAAAGUUGCGUAGUGCCUCUUUAAUAAUUACUUUGUGGUGAAUUAUGACCCAAACAUGUGACGGUAAUGUUGGACAUAUUUAAAUGGGACCAGACCACGAUUAGCCUUGAACAAGACCAAGGGCUAAACCAGGUCUGAACCAAGACUUGACCCCAUCUGAAUUUGGUUUAAACCCAGGAUUCUACAACUGGACUACAACCUGGAUUAAACCUUAAUUUGUCAUCUCAUUUACUGUUUUAGAGCAAUUAAAACUUAAAUCAGCAAUCUUGCAUUCAAAUCCAAUUUAUUUUCUGACCCCCUAAAUUAACAGCGGUGUAGAAUUGUGUGUGUUUUAAUUGUUUUUGCCUUUCCCACAAGUAAUACUCUAAUAGGGCUUUCGAAAGUAUCGAAAAUCAGAUACUAAUCAAUACUAAAACUAGUAUUGAAACUAUAUAUUCAUUUGAGCAGCACUAAAGCACUAAAAUAGUCACAUUCAAAGGACAGAAAUGAACCUUCAAUAUCUUUAGAAUGAUCUUGAGCUGUAUCAGAACAAGUUUAAGACACAUAGACUAGUAUACACCCCUGGACCACAAUGAACCUACUGGAUGACUGAGGGAUUACACAGAUACAAGGCCACAUGGGAAUAUGAAAAAGUACUAAUACUAUGAUUUAAUGUUGAAAAGCACAUUUUACUGUCUAAAGGGUGUUUUUUUAUUAUCAUCACGGUAUCAGAAUCGGUAUCAACUAUGAAGUCUAUUCCUUAGUAUUGAAAUCGAAUUUUUUGUAUCAUGCCAACAGUAAAUUGAGAUUUAUUCAAAAAUUCUUCAUUUCUGCACAUUUCCCUGUAUUAAGCAUGCUGCAUUGACCGUAGAGCACAUUGGGCUUGUCUCAUAGUUAAAUGUAUUCUUGCUCUUACAGACUGAAAAAAACUCAUUCAGUGAAGAACAUUUUGUGAAUUUAAGGCAGUUACUUUCACUUUCUGACCAGAAUCAUCAAACAUGAUUUGGAGCCGUGGACUUUGUCUGGAUGUGGUGUGAACCAAAAGACAAUUUAAAAAUACUUCAACUUCACCGUGUUUUAGAUCUGAUUUUUACUGUCAUACAUUAACCUUUUGUUUUCCAUGUUUGUGCAUAAACUGCAUUAAACGGUUGAUGUUG